AUGCAGUACGUGCAUUUUCAUAAGCCAAAAUCCAAGAAACCCGAAACUCCAAAACAUGAAAAAGAACAGCUCCACAUUGCUUCCAAACGCCUAGAUACUACAAGAAGUUUCUUGCUUGUACUCAAAAGAGCCAUGAACAAGCUAAAAAUCGAUUUAGGCAAAUUUAAGGUUGAUCUCAAGCUCUUGGGAGACUUGUUCUUCCUCACUGGUGCAGGUCUUUCUAUGUACUAUUUGGUGAACCACCUCCUCAAUGAAUCUUCACCAGGAAAUGAAAAUACUAUCAAAGCUAGAGAGUCUAAGAAAAAGCUGUCCAAUAUAUUAAAGAAAAUACAAUCGUCUAAUCCAAAUCUACAGAAUUUAACAUUCGAUGAAUAUGAGAAGAACUUGCUAAACUCAUUAAUUAUACCCGAGGAUAUAUCUGUUACCUUUGACGAUAUUGGUGGAUUGCAGCUGAUUAUUGAAGACUUAAGAGAACUGGUAAUUCUCCCCUUGACAGAACCUCAUAUUUUCGCCACGCACCUGCUGUUGAUUCAAUCUCCUAAGGGUGUGUUGUUCCAUGGCCCCCCAGGAUGUGGGAAGACUAUGCUUGCUAAGGCAAUCGCUAAAGAAAGUGGUGCAUUUUUCCUUCUGAUCAGAAUGUCAACUAUAAUGGAUAAAUGGUACGGAGAGCUGAAUAAAAUAGUUGAUGCAAUCUUCUCUUUGGCCAAUAAAUUGCAGCCAUGUAUUAUAUUUAUCGACGAAAUAGAUUCGUUUCUCAGAGAUAGAUCCUCAACUGACCACGAAGUGAGUUCAAUGCUUAAAGCUGAAUUUAUGACUUUAUGGGACGGAUUGGUUAGCAACGGACAAAUCAUGGUUAUGGGUGCCACUAACAGACAAAAUGACAUUGACAGCGCCUUUUUAAGAAGAUUGCCAAAGAAGUUUGCCAUUGGAAAGCCCAAUAGCCAACAGAGAAGAUCUAUUUUGAACAAGAUCUUAUCGAGUACUGAGUUGGACCCAGUAGAAUUCAAUCUAGAUUAUAUUGUGAAUCACAGCCAGGGUAUGCUGGGACUGGAUUUGAAAGAGCUUUCUAGAGAAGCUGCGCUAAGUGCUAUGAGAGAAUUUAUAAGAAAGAACUACAAGAACGGGAAGAAGUUGGACUCUCCAGUGGACGAUAAGGGAAGUGUGAGGCCAUUGAGAACAAGCGACUUCUUCCCUGAGUUGGCAGAAAUACCACCAUCUAACAUCGAUUAA